AACAAAGUAUGCUACUUUAGUAUCUUGAACAUCUUGUCAAAUGUUCAUACUUUCAAUUGUAAAUACACCAGUUUCUGAGAACAUCACACAUCUUUACUUAUCAGCGUUAAAUAGAUCACUUAACAAUGGACGGAGAUUCUUGUCGGAAUUUCUCACUGGACUCCACAUCCAGUUCCCAGUUUGCUCUUCCUUCGGCAUGCGUUCCAAAAACGAAGAAAUCAAAAGAGCCCGAGAAGCCCGUCGAGGAGGAAAACUCUCCUCACUGUACCGACAUAAUCACAUCCUCGUCCUCGUCCUCGACUUCCACCAUCUCGAUAGGAGCCUUUGACUCGCAAUGCAAUGUCCAAAAGGGAACGCUCCCCGGAGCCCCAAAUAUUGGCUACGAGUUGAACGUGGCCAAGUCAAUAAUGCAGCAGUACAGCACUCUGAGUGGUGACAAUUUAUUCGAUCACAUCAGUGACAUUAUAAAACGUGUGAUCGACGAGCGUCCGCCGAAUGUGAUUGAUUUCUUCGAGGAAUUCAGCAGGAAUGUUCGCGAACAGAAGUUCCAUUUGCCGGAACGCUUCCCGCCAAGCGCGAUAUUCGACGAGGUGCGCACGUUUCGGGUGGCCAAGCAAAUUCUCCAGUCCAUGAAGCUGCCCUAUACGGUGGAGGGCGAGGAUGUGGACGGCGAGGAUAUGUAUGGGGAGGAGGGUAAAGCCAACGAGGAAGACUUGAGGAUCGUCAUCGACGAUUCGAUGCGACUCUUUAUCACAUUCAAUGAACGCGUCCAACAACUACAGUUUUACUGGAACCAGUGCGGCUUCAGUAUCUGCAGUGACGACAUCUUCCAGUUGGCGAGCGCCAUGAAUCGUCUGCAGACCCAUCCCUCGAUCAUGCAGUGUCGUUUCUGGGGCUGCAUCAACGGUCUGAAGGCCUCCUACUACAUUGUGGAAGCGUCACUUACGCGCGAGGAGGUGGCUUCCCGCUUGGUCUUGAUGCAGGAGGAGAUGAGGGAGAAGCAGCUGCCAUUAAAGAUGCGCAAUGACCGAGAGGAGAGACCCCCACCACCGCACAUUGGGCCGGAGCUCACGCCUGGCAUCUACGGCUGGGAGGAUUUUCCGAUCGACGAGCUGGAGAAGAUGCAACCUAAAGCAGUGCCCGUUCCAUUGGUCGAGGAAAUCGAAUUCUAUGACAUUCCGCCGGAGAUGAUCGGCCUCGGCUGCAAUAGAUACUCCUAUUUCGUGGUUAACUCAUUGUACGAUGAUUGGAUUGAGCUACCCAUCGUGACGCCCCGGCAGAUUGUCGUUUCCCGGCAGAUAAAGAAGUUCCUAACCGGCGACUUAGAAGCAGACGUGAUAUCAUAUCCCUGCUUUCCAGGCAAAGAGAAGCACUACCUCCGCACCAUGAUUGGUCGCAUUACGGCCGGCACCUAUAUUGCACCCGCGGGCUAUUACCGAAGGAUGACCAAAAAGGAGCAGCGGCUAUUCGAUGGCGAAGAUAUGGAUGAAGGGGAGGAAGAGGAGGAGGAGGAGGAAGAGAAUGAGGACUUCAACGAGGCCGAAGAGGAGCAGAUCGAGGAUAACGAUGUGAUGCUGUUAAAGAAUGAGAAAUACCAGGUGGAACCACUGGGCUCGCUGGCCACUCCUGUGGCCUGGGUGCAUGUCCGAUCGAAUAUCCUCAACCAGGGCCGUGUCGUGUGGUACGACGAAGAGAAGGCCCAGAAGGAGAGGGAGAAGGCUCUGGCACUGUACCUCAAAAUGCAGCUCAUGGACGAAAUGGAGGAGGAGGCGGAAGAGGAAGACGAGGAGGAGGGCGAAGAGGAGGGAGAAGAGGAGGGCAUGAUAGAGGGAUUCAAUCAGCCCGAAGUCGGUCCCAGUAUAUUGUCAUCGUGCGCCAAUGAUAGGUGCGCAGAGAUUCCGGUCCCAUGGCUCAUCCGGAUGACCAGCAAGUACACCAACCAGAAGGAGCGCAUGCUGAUCAUGCAGUCAAACGUCUGGCCUGGCGCCUUCACUUUUACCUUUGAGAACACCUGCGAGUCCAUUUACCUGGGCUGGGGCCACAAAUACUUUGCCCGUAACAUUCCCUUCAAGCACCUUCCGAUCGUGCAAGAGGAGUACAAGCACGAGCCCGAUGACUUUAUCGAGGCCAACGAUCCGACCGUUGAGGACGAGGAUGCUUACCGGGCCUGGCUGCUCCGGAAACAGCAGAAGGCCGAUUAUGUGGUAGAGGAUAUGGAGGAUAUUGAGGAUGACGACGAAUUUGACGACCAGUACGAUGAUGCUGACUAGCGUGGUUUUGUUAAAUUCAAUGUUUGUUUUGCAAUAAAGUUGGUGAGCUUUA